AUGGGAAUGAAAGUUGAAGUAAUCUCAAGAGAAACUAUCAAACCAUCUUCCCUAACACCUUUUAACCUAAAGAACUUAACAAUUUCCUUCUUGGAUCAAAUCACUCCAGCCGUUCCUGUUCCUAUCCUCCUGUUCUACCAUGCGAGCGAUAUUGGCAAAAAUGUGUUGGAACAAUCCAAUGAUUUAAAGAAAUCGUUGUCCGAGGCGUUAACCCAUUUCUACCCGUUAGCCGGAACAAUCGGGAAAGAUAACAAAAUUGUCGAUUGUGAUGAUUAUGGUGUUGAAUAUUUGGAAACUCGAGUCGAUGUUCGUCUCUCUGAAGUCCUCAGCAAACAUCCUGAUGAAGGUUAUAUUAUGAAUCAAUUCAUUCCUACUAACCUCCAUUACAUUACGGAAUUAGGUACAUGCAGAGAUAAUCUAGUUCAACUAGUAAUUCAAGUUAACAUGUUUGAUUGUGGAGGAAUGGUAAUUGGUGUUUCAAUGUUGCAUAAGAUCGCUGAUGCAGCAUCAUUGGGCACAUUUAUUAAUGCUUGGGCAAGAACAAGUGCUCGUCUAGGGAAUAUUGAAGGUAUUCAUAAAGAAAAAGAACCUACCAUUAUUCCUAGUAUUGACGCUGCUUUUCAUUUCCCUCCGAAUGAAGUACCUAGUGUUCUGCCAUUUAAAAUGAACUCAGAAGACAGUGAGAUCAAACUGUUUGCAAGAGCAAACCCGACGAAGGUGGAAUCAGUGACAGCGUUGUUAUGGAAGUGUGCUUCGAAGCUCAAGGGUAAGGCAGAUAAAGUAUUAGAGUCAUCAUCACAAAAUUCAAAACCAUUCAUGUUAUGUAUGGCAGUGAAUUUACGCCAAAGGAUGAUUCCUGCAUUGCCUGACCAUUCUUUUGGGAACUUCAUUGCGCCUGCACUAGUAGGACUAUCGAACAAGCCAGGUGAUAUCGAGUUGCAUAAAUUGGUGGAAACUCUGAGAUCCUCGAUUAGGAAAAUCAAUGGCGACUACAUCAAAUAUGAAUUUCAAGUCAAUUAUGGACUGGUCAGGUCUCUGCAAGAUGUUCAUGAAAGGUUCAACAAAGAAGAAAUGGAAUUACACACCAUUACUAGUUGGUGUAGGUUUCCAUUUUAUGAAAGUGAUUUUGGAUGGGGUAAACCAACAUGGAUAUGUACCGUCAAUGUCAUCGCUAAGAACGUAUGCAUAUUAAUGGAUACAAGCGAUGGGUGUGGAAUAGAAGCAUGGGUUACAUUGGAUGAACAACAAAUGUCCCUACUCGAAUCUGAUUACGAGCUUCGUGAAUUCCUUGUUACACAGACCCCGGCCGUCACAGCAGGCCCCGUCGUUCAAUUUUAA